AUGGCCAAUCCUGCCUUUUCUUUCAACGCCGGCGCUUUCUUUUCGGCUCUUUCCGACCUCGCCUCUUCCAUAGAUUCUCCACCGAUCAAGUCCAUUCUCGAAGGCCUCCUCUACUAUGUCAUACCCGUCGUCUUCUUCGUGCUGUUCGUGUACGUACUUUGUUACGUAUGUGUUGACGACUUUGGCCCUCCGUUCGACGACCUGGAGGCCGGAACAUUGCCGCUUCUCGGGAGGCCCUGCGGCGAUCCUCCGUCGAGGCGCGAAGCGCUGAUGAGGAUCGAUGUCUACAGGAGCGACGGAGGCGAAGCCGAGCGCGCCGAAUGCGUGGUUUGCCUCGAGGAAUUUGAGGACGGAGAAGCAUGCCUAAGGCUAACGUGUUGCGAGCAGGCUUACCACAGGGCUUGUGUGAAUCGCUGGCUCUUGGACCAUAGACGGUGCCCGAUUUGUCGUGCAACGGUUCGGAUCACGCCGACAAUCUAA